GGAACAACAUGUAUUUUCUUCGUAAUUUGGUAAUUUCGAUUUUUCUUGUCUCCCUGUUUCACACUGACAAAUUUACAACAGCCGCCGAACCCGUGUUAUCGUUCAUUCAUGAUCUACUCCAGUAUAACAUAGCGGGGAUACCGCUCAUCCAUGAGCGGACGGAAUGGGAUUUCGAUCCAGAAGUUGGGAAACAGAGAAGAGCCAGGUACGAGGAGGAAAAUGGUCGUUACGGUGAGCUAGCGAUUGCGAAGAUUGGCAUGGGAAUUGGAUACAAAGGACCAUGGGGAACGUCUGCGUAGGAAUGACAGGAAAUCUGAAAAAAGAUGCGUUAAAAAUCAGAAAAAUUAUUCUUCACUGCAACUACAAUUGUAUUAUACUAGUCUUUGUAAAAAAUAAAAAGAAAAACAACUUGAA